AUGGAGACUUCUGCAACCCAAGAUACCUUAGCUAAGGAGACGGUGAUUAGUCGGGCUAACUCCUCUGAUAAAUUUAAGCUCAAAGCAGUUAUUACUGGAGAAGAUUAUCCAAAGGUUUAUACUGAGGAAGGCACUGGUUUCGCAAACCCAAAGGUAGACUUUAGGGAUAGGGUGGCUUUGGUUCGUUAUAAGCUUCAUAGUACUGCUUUUGCUUUAAGAAGUUGGAACAAAAACGUGUUCGGGUUCUGCCAAACCAAGAUUAAUGAAUUGGAAGAUAGGAUUCAAUGGUUACAAGGUUUGGAACCAACGGAGGAAUCUUUAUCUGAAGAAAGGCGCACUCAGUGGGAGCUGGAGGAAUGGAGGAAAAGAGUGGAGAUUCUCUGGAGACAGAAAUCAAGAGAACUAUGGCUUACUGCUGGAGAUAAGAACUCCAAAUUUUUCCAUGUGGCUACAAUAGCAAAUCGAAGAAAAAUAUUCAUCCAUGCUUUGAAAGAUGCCAAUGGUCAUUGGAAAGAGACCCGAGAAGAUAUCGGAGCUCUGUUCAUAAAUGAAUUCACAAAAUUGUUCGAAGUUGAGAAUUUGAGAAGAAGUGAAAGACUAGCAGAGUUUAUUCAUUACUGUGUGUCUUAUGAUGAAAACGUUCUUCUGGAAGCCAUAUCAACAAAAAGGAAAAUUUGGAAUGUAGUGAAGGACAUGCCUCUAACUAAAGCCCCGGGGCCUGAUGGUAUGCCUGCCCUGUUCUUCCAGACUUAUUGGAAUAUAGUGGGGCCAGAUGUUGUGACUAUGAUUCAAAAUGUCUUCCGAUCAGGCAUGAUUCUAAGAGACAUAAACCGAUCUUUUGUGGUUUUAAUUCCGAAGGUUCAUGGAGUGUUGGAAUUUAAGCAUCUCCGACCAAUCAGCUUGUGUAAUACUGUGUAUAAAAUUAUUAUGAAAAUCAUAGUAGAUAGAUUAAGGCCGAUCCUUCGAAAAAUAAUCUCCCCCAAUCAGUCUACCUUUGUUCCCGGCCGGUGGAUGGGAGAGACCACUCUCAUGGUGAACAAGGUGAUUCAUGCCAUAAAAAAGCAUAAAGGCAUUAAAGUCAUUGUUGGCAUCAAAAUGGACUUGCAAAAAGCGUACGAUAAAGUAGACUGGAUUGUGUUGACCAAGCUACUGAUUUUGUUCGGUUUCUCGGAGAAAUUUACCAAGCUGGUGCUUAACUAUAUCUUUUCAGUUUCCAUGGAGCUUUUACUAAAUGGUAGCGUUUUUGGAAGAAUUCCAAUGGAAAGAGGCCUGAGAGCCAACGAGGAAGAGGUGAAACAGGUUCUUAAGUGUUUAAAGCUUUUUUACAAGUGGAUGGGUCAGAAAUUCAACAAGGACAAAUCUGACUGCUUUUUCUCUUACAAUGGGUGGAAAGUAAAGCUCCUCUCCCAAGCAGGAAGAAUCACUCUGGUGAAUCAUGUUGCAAAUGCUAUUUCGGUGCACACUGUGUCCUCUUUCCUCCUUCCUAAAGGCUGGUGUGAGAAGAUCGAGCCAGCUACCAAAGCUUUCUUGUGGAAGAAUGAUCUUAAAGUGUCUAGAGGUUAUUUUCCAGUCGCAUGGAACAAAGUUUGUAGACCAAAAGCUAAUGGGGGGUUGGGUCUCCGGAGGUUAUGGAGUUUUAAUAAAGCACUGAUGACAAAACUUGGUUGGGAACUUGCCAUGGAAGCAGAACUGGAGGUGGUAGAGAAAGCUUUGCAGGUGGCAAUUUCGCUGGGCUGGAGUAGAGUGAUUGUGGAGACAGAUGUUCUCACAAUUGUUAAUGCUUUGAAUCGAAUAGACAAAUCUCCUCUGCAUUGGGUUGCUGAAAGUCUUUUUUCUAAUGUCGUUGAGUUGUGUAAUAAUUUCUCUGUUGUUAGAUUUAACUGGACCCCUAGAUUAAAAAACAAAUUGGCCCAUCUUGUUUGUAAAUGGGUGGCAAGUCACUAUGUUUUGGGUCCAGUGGACCUGAACUGGCUGCCAACCUUGUGUUUUGAUUGCAUGAUCCAGGAUAGUGGACCUUUGGAAGCUUCCUGA